GGAACCAUGUGCGUGUGCUGAGUUACAGGAAAAUCUUUGUUUCUAACUCUAGGUCCUUCUUCAGUUAUCAGCAAUGACGACGAUUCCGCCAGUCCCCUCCACCACAUCUCAAAUGGCAGUAACACUCCAUCUUCCUCUGAGGGGGGCCCUGACGCAGUCAUCAUCGGCAUGACAAAGAUUCCUGUCAUCGAAAAUCCCCAGUAUUUUGGAAUUACCAACAGUCAGCUCAAGCCAGACACCUUUGUGCAGCACAUCAAGCGCCACAAUAUUGUUCUUAAAAGAGAGCUGGGAGAAGGAGCCUUUGGGAAAGUCUUUCUGGCGGAAUGCUAUAACCUCUGUCCUGAGCAGGACAAGAUCUUGGUGGCAGUGAAGACACUGAAGGAUGCCAGUGACAACGCCCGCAAGGACUUCCACCGUGAGGCAGAGCUGCUGACGAACCUGCAGCACGAGCACAUCGUCAAGUUCUAUGGCGUCUGUGUUGAGGGUGACCCACUCAUCAUGGUCUUUGAGUAUAUGAAGCACGGAGAUCUGAACAAAUUCCUCAGGGCACAUGGACCGGAUGCAGUACUGAUGGCAGAAGGCAACCGUCCUGCUGAGCUGACCCAGUCCCAGAUGCUCCACAUUGCCCAGCAGAUUGCAGCAGGCAUGGUUUACCUGGCAUCACAGCACUUUGUGCAUCGGGAUCUUGCUACCCGGAAUUGCCUGGUUGGUGAGAACCUGCUGGUGAAGAUUGGGGAUUUUGGCAUGUCUAGAGAUGUGUACAGCACAGAUUACUAUAGGGUUGGGGGUCACACCAUGCUGCCCAUUCGUUGGAUGCCUCCAGAGAGUAUCAUGUACCGGAAGUUCACCACAGAAAGUGAUGUCUGGAGCCUGGGGGUUGUGUUAUGGGAAAUCUUUACCUAUGGCAAACAGCCAUGGUAUCAGCUGUCGAACAAUGAGGUGAUUGAGUGCAUCACUCAGGGCCGAGUCCUGCAGCGACCUCGCACUUGCCCCAAGGAAGUGUAUGACUUGAUGCUGGGCUGUUGGCAACGGGAGCCCCACAUGAGGCUCAACAUCAAAGAAAUCCAUUCCCUCCUCCAGAACUUGGCCAAGGCAUCUCCAGUCUACUUGGAUAUUUUAGGCUAAAGUCUAGCAUUUCUUCUUAUGGUCUGCAGGAAUGGAUGCGUUCAACUGCAGCUGAACUCCAUUAACAUGUGUUCUUAACUUUGACAGUAUUAAUGACAAAGUUGCGGAGAAGCUUUCAAAGGGCAAGCAAUGUGCACUUCUCCAUCUGUAGACACAAUAUUGACUUUUUAGACAUUACUGAGAUGUAUUUCCUCUCUCUCUCUUUCAGUUUCUAUCAUUUUUUUCUUCCAUCUUUCUAAUCAAUUUGGCUUCUGCAUUGUUGUAACUCUGCAUAGACAAAGGCCUUAAAAACCUGAUCUGUUAUAUCAGCAGACUUUUCAGUUUGCCCACCACAACUAACAAUGCCUUGUUGUAUUCAUGCCUUUGAUGUGGAUG